CAUUCCAAUUUCCAUUAUCUUCUUCAACCAAUUUUUCUUCUCACCUUUCCCUUUGGUCAUCAGUCGUCACCAUGAUCCGUUCCCAAAACGGUUGCACCAAUACUCACAAGAGACCUUUCGCACUCGAUUCUUCCUCUUCCAAUUCUAAUCCGAUCAAGAAGAAGAAGCCAACCGCAACAGCAACCGCCUCCGCCUCCGUUCUAUUUACCCACUUCGACUCGCCCCUCCUCUCAUCCCUAAACGGCGUCGUUUCCACCCCCGACUCCAUCAUCCUCCAUCCGGACUCCCCCUACACCAUUGGCCGCACUCCCCGCCACUGCGAUUUCUUCUUCCGCCACCGCCACGUCAGCAAGCGCCACUGCCAGAUCCUCUUCGAUGGUUCCCUCCGCAAACUUUACAUCCUCAAUGGAGUUUUUCUAUCCUGCAAGGGUUCUAAAACCCGUGUCGUUCACGAGUUCAGGAAAAGGAUGAUGUCGUUUAGAGCCGGCGGCAGUGGCGGUGGCGGGGAAGAGGCUUUCGCGUUUCGAAAAGCUUCCAAUGGAGUUUUCGUGAACGGUGUCGAGAUCGGUAAGGGAACGGCCGUGGAGUUGUCGGUUGGAGACAAGGUCUCACUGGUGUGUGGGAACGAUGAUUGUUCGUGUGGAAUUGGGAACCGGGUAGGGUUUUUAGUUCAAAGAAUCGUUUUCGAAAAUCGGUUUCGUGAAGGGUGUGACGAUGAUGAUGAAAUUGAUGGGUUAACAUGCUCGGGGCACUCACAAGGGAACAGGAACAAGAGGGUUCUUGCUGUUAGGGCAAAUGGGUUGCGUUCCAAUGUGUUUUCAAGAUAUGAGCGAGUUGUUGAGAGGGCGAAAUUUAUUUUAGAGAGGUGCAGGGAAAUCUUGCUUAGGGAUGAUCCAGUGUCUUGCAUUUUUCGAGCUGUGUCGGAUACACAGUUCGGAUUGAAGUGUGAUCGUGGUGGCAGUUCGGUGAACAGCAAUGUUUCUGGCAAUGAUGUUAGAUUGUUGGUGAAUGCUGAAGAGCAAUUUGACUGUGACAAGUCACAAAGGAUGAACUUUACAGUGGAAGAUAGAACUAAUGACUUAGCACAGUUGAGUUCGGAGGCUCUUUGUGAAGGUAAAGGGGUGGCCGUGGAAGCUGAAAGUGAUGAACUUCAUCAGCAUGUUUUUCAUAAAGGGAUUUUGGAUGAUAAUGUUGAUAAGAUACCCUUGAAUUCAGUAGGGGUGGAAGAUAUUCCUUCUGAUAGGUACAAAGGGGGAAAUAAUGGAGGCAUGUUUCAUCCUUCGCCUGGGAAGAACUUUUACCUGAAUCGCCUUCAAUUUUCGGAACAUGCUUCCUCAGAACUUCAGCAUUCCAUAUCUCUCCCUGAACUUCUGUAUCCUGUUGAAAGCAUUUCAAGGAUGUUCAUUGCAACAUUUACAAGUGACAUAAACUGGUUCUUGACAUAUUGCAAGAUUCCUUUUCAUCUGCCAGUUACGGUUGCUUGUCAUAACACACAGAGGUGUUGGAGUUCAAGACCUAAUGAAAGAGUAUUUGUGCCCUACCCGGAUUAUCCUAACCUAGUUGUAGUUUAUCCUUCAUUUCCUGAAACCAUAGCAUUUGGUAGUAACCACAAGAGACAGGGGAUUGCUUGCCAUCAUCCAAAGUUGAUUGUUCUGCAAAGAGAAGAUAAUAUAAGAGUUAUCAUUACAUCUGCAAAUUUGGUGGAAAAGCAGUGGAACAGUGUGACUAAUACUAUUUGGUGGCAAGAUUUCCCUCGUGCUGUCUCAGCUGAUUUUGCAUCACUUUUCCCAAAAUCGGAUGAAGAAACUCAGAGAGAUUCAAAAUGUGAUUUUGCUGGACAUUUGGCUGGGUUUAUGGCAGCUCUCAUGAUUGAUAUACCCAGCCAAGCCCACUGGAUUACCCUGUUGACUAAAUAUGACUUUGGAGGUGCAACAGGACAUCUUGUUGCUUCAGUACCUGGGAUUCACUUCUACAGAACUUUGAUCAUGCCUGAAUCUUUCCAGUCCAAUCUUUUUCUUGGUUCAGUUGUGGCAUCUGUGGUUGGUUUGAGCCAUCUUUUCCGCUCUUCAGUAGAUUCAAAAAGUGCAAGACUUAAAGCACUGGCUACUUUCCUUGGGAAGUCUUGUACAAAUGCUUAUGGGAAGUUGAAGGUUAUUCUGAGAAGAAAUCACAAUGUUCCUGCUGACGCAAAUGCCGUUAGCAUUCUUGUUCCAGACCCUGAUGGAACUUCUGAGGGAGAUUAUGUUCAGCUUGGUUUUCUGCCUAGAAAUGUAGCAAAAUGGGUUUCUCCUCUUUGGGAUGCUGGAUUCCUCAGGUUUUCUGGUUACGUUUGUCCCAAAGAGGCCCUUGCAGCUGCCUUAGGAGAAAAUCCAAACAAAGUACAACUGAUUUUAAAUGUGUCACGGGGGAAUCAUUUUCAAGAUACAUCAAAGAUGAUGGAAUCUGAGCACAUUGCUGCUUUUGGAUCACUCAUUGCUUCUAUCCAAAGAUGCUAUGGCCUAUGGAGAUUGCAAGAGGUUCUGAAUCGAUAUAAGUGGCCUGAGUCAUUAGAGUCUGAUAUUAUAUAUGGUGCAUCUUCUAUUGGUUCAUCUGUCAAUUCAAAAUUUCUUGCUGCAUUUUCUGCUGCUGCUGGGAAGAAAUCAUUGCAACAUUUUGAUUCGGAAGAGUCUGAUCCUGAAUGGGGCUGCUGGAAUGCGAGGGACGAAUUGAAGAACCCUUCUGUUAGGAUCAUUUUUCCCACUAUUGAAAGAGUGAAGAAUGCAUAUAAUGGGAUUUUGCCUUCAAGACGCAUUCUUUGCUUCACCGAGAGAACAUGGCAAAGGUUGAAGACUUUAGAUAUACUUCAUGAUGCUAUCCCUCAUCCCCAUGACAGAAUAGGACACCCGAUGCAUACCAAGGUGGUUAGGAGACGCUUCUGGUCUAGGAGUAAAAGGGAUGCACCCUCCAUUGGUUGGGUAUAUUGUGGGUCUCAUAAUUUUAGUGCAGCUGCCUGGGGACGACAAAUUUCGAAUCCAUUUGAUACCAAAUCCGAUGGACCUCGAAAAGGGGACCCUUGUUCGAAUUCUGGACUUCACAUUUGCAAUUACGAACUUGGGAUUAUUUUUACUUUCCCUCCUACUGAAGAAAAUACGGAUUAUCCUCAAGUUAAAAGCACAAAAUUAGAUGAUAUAGUUCUGCCAUUUGUGGUGCCUGCUCCUAAAUAUGGAUGGAGAGAUAGGCCAGCUACAAUGCAGGCUAUGAAGGAGGCGAUGGCGGAGCUCAAUGAGCACGAGAGGUUGAAACUUGCAGAAGAAGAAAUGUUGGAGGAGGUUGUUGAGGAAGAGGAAGAAGUGGAAGGAAAUGAUUAUGUUGGUGGUGAGGAGGAGAAGGAGGAGGAGAAGGCAUAUGCUGAGAUACUGUGGAGCCAGGUUGAUUCUUCCGAGAGCACUUGAAAGAAAGCAGGGACUAUUACUGGGCAUUGAUGUAUAGAUAGAGAGCCCAGUGGUGCAAGUCUGGUAAUUGGGCAUGAAUAAUAGGAGGAUUGAAGAGCAAGGCAGUUGUUGAAGUGAUAAGGAUGUUCCCAUAGUAGCAACAAAGCAUGUAAUCUUAUCCCGUACGUGUGGUAUUUUACAACACCAACUCCCCGUGUUUCAAUCAGCGGCAUGCAGUUAUUAUUGUGGCAUCACGGAAUAGCAACUGCCAACUAGCAAGGCAUGACAUGAAGCCAUGACUAUGCUAAGCAGAGAGCUCCAUCACUUCGCUCAACAAUUGAUACGUAAUCAAUAUUUAUUCUUUUUUAGUCUACCCUUUGUUUGUGUUUCAUAUUUUAGUGUCAAAGUGAUUUAUAAAUUGAGGAUUAUUUUAAGUAUUUAGCUCAUUUGUGUUAAAGGCAUGUAU